CAAAAAUGGCGACUGGGUGCUUCCAGAAACUUAUCACAUAGAGAUCUAUUUUGCUGUUUAGGAGCAGUUACGUUCAGGUAAAGAAAAUUGGUUUGAGCUCUGCGCACUGUAGUGGCAGGGACGUGACGGAAGUACAUGACUAUUGCGGGUCUGCGUGCGGCUGGUCUGUGUAUCGUCUGGAUGAACAUCAUACACCUAGUUACCUCACAGCGUGAAGCCUCACCCACCCUCAAGCGCCUUCAGGAAGAAUGCUCACCACCCGGGAGCUCAAAAUGUCCCAUCACAGUUUCCAAAAGCGAGCUCAAGGAGAGGCUGACUCCCACGCAAUACCGCGUCACUCAGCAACGAGGGACAGAAAGAGCAUUCUCGGGGAAGUACUAUAAACACAGUGAUCAGGGGCUCUACCACUGUGUUGUAUGUGGAAACCCCCUGUUUGACUCCGAUACAAAGUUUGACUCCAAAUCUGGGUGGCCUUCAUUCUCUGAUGUCUCCAAGAGUGACAGCGUAAAACUGAUGACGGAUAUGUCACAGGGUCAGCGAAGGAUCGAGGCGAUGUGUAGUAAGUGUGGUGCUCACCUCGGACAUGUUUUUGAUGACGGACCGAAACCCUCGUGUGUCCGGUACUGUGUCAACUCGGCCUCACUUGACUUCAAAAAACACACGACCGUUUGACAGCUGCUGGCAAGACACCAAUAAUCUCAUGUGUUUCUUCGACUUCAGGGAAUAGUGUUUCAUUUGAUUGCCCAUCUCCAAAUGGCAUAGAUUAAUUGUGGGGGGAAAAAAACCAAAUUUCAAUAUUUGUACAUGUACUUGAUUGAGGUAGUAUAUUUAUGCUGAAGAAUCUUAUGAAGACUGUUAUGCAAUGUGUGUCCAAAUAUGAAAACAAUAUAGAUAGAAUAGAUUUAUCGCCCAAAGAAGUCACUGUGAUUUAGCAUAAUUAUUUGAAUAUGAUACACUGCAGUGGUGAAUACAUAUAACAAGGACCACUGGUGAAUACCAAAAUUGUUGUACACUUAGGAAAUACUGUAACGACAAUGUUUGUAGGUUUUAUGAAGUAGUAAACAUAUUUUGUAUAGUGAAUUUAUAUUGCUUCACAAUAAUUUCACAAUUUGGUGUCAAAAUUUCGAUAUCCAUUUUUAGACAAGUCAAUUUAUUUUUGCCAUUAAAGAAUGGGAAUAGAAAAAUUACACAAUGCAAAUCUUGCUCUUUAAAGAUUUUCGAUUUCUAUCCUAUGGUGCAAUCUAUCCUCUGGCAAAUGAUGUUUAUUUUUUGGUGGGUUGUUUACAGGUAGAUAUGUGUAAUUAAUUAAACUAUACCGAUACAUUAAUGUGCCAAUCUCCUGAAAUUUGCUGAGACUUCAACUUGAUUGUUGCAAAAUGUUUCAGUUCAAAGUUUCGCUAAAAUUAUCUUAAGGACCUUAAUACAUUUUGUAUAAAUAGUAAUGUUUAUGAGAAAAGAAGACCUGUCUUUGAAGUUUACAACUACAUGUAGUGAAGAUUGCACUGUACUUAGAAUAUUCUUUUGAAAUUUUUCAGGUGUGAUAUUAUCAAUAUUUGAAUUAUUAAAUGUGUGAAAAUUAUUGUGAGUGUACAAAUACGGCUUUGAAUUGUGUAUAAAACUUUGGUAUUGAAUUAUUAAAAAAAUCUUAGAGUGUAAAAAUUAUGCAAAUGUUCACAGUUACCAGUAAGUACUAGUAGAACAGUUGUGUAACACCUGAAUGUUAGAACUUAGUCCUUUUAAACUAUACCAAUGUACUACGUUUAUACUAGAAGUUUUUGCUGUAAAAUCAUGUAUUUCUAGAAGCUCAAUUUUGAAAAAAAAU